AUGCAACCACAACCCGGAGUAAGCGCCGCACCGCCAGCAAAGCGUAAGCGAGUGGUAUCUACAGAGUCGGAAGCCGCGCAACCCUCGGCAGCCACCACGGCGCGGCCGCCUACCAAGAAAGCCCGCCUCGCCUCCGACCUGAGCAUCACCGCACCGGGCGACGGCAAGGUGCUGGAGGUGGUGGAAUCGAGAUGCGACGUCCAGAUACACUCGGUCAUCUCCUCCUCCAAGAUCCAGAAGAAGGUGUCCUCCGUCCUGCGCCACCUUGCCGCCACCUCUGCCUCGCCUGAGACGACCCCCGACCAGAAGAAGCCACGGGUAUCCGUUCUACGCGCAAGGGCCUCCGAUGCCGGCAAGCUCGUCAGCAUAGCCGAGAUCGCGAAGCGCGAGCUGGCCGCUCAGGGGGAGGGCGGGGACAAGGAACGCUGGUUCCAGUACAUUGGGCUGGGACAAGAGUUGAAGGAGACGCCAAAGAAAAAGACCAUCAUCCAGGAUACCAUUCUGAACGGCAAGGCCAACGGCGGCGACAACGAAGACGAAGACGCUAGUGAUGACGAGAAUGAGACCGAGAAGGACGAUUUCGAAUACAUGAAAACCCCAUUCGAAAGAGCCAUCGAGGGCAGACCAAAGAAGCAGGCCAUUGCCAUCAUAAGUCUGUUCCUGGCAAGAGUUUCCGUCGAUGAGUUGAAGAAAAAGUACGGCGAGCAAUCGAAUCAGCAGUCGAACAAGACAAAAUCCUGA